AUGUCACCCGCGGUUGCCAGCGACCAGGCUGUUCUUGAUAGUGCUGUUGAGACCGCCUCUUCCCGUGACCGGGUCAUUUCUACUGCACCUUUCGUUGGAAGGUCUCCUGAUGUAGUCGCCACCUGGCCCGACCCCUUUGGGCCCCCAUCAGGUGACAUUGCUACUGAUGCUGGCGCCUAUGUGCAGGCUGCUGUUCUAGGGCCGGGCUUCCGAACUGCUGUGGUGAAACUGGUGCAGCCGGUUCACAUCAACGAAACGGCCCUUUGCCAGGCUGUGCGGGCUGGUCUUAAGCCAGACGAGUUCCUUGAACACUGCAUUCUUCUGCCUGCGUCAGUUCAACCGAGUGACACAUUUUUGACCUUUGUGCAGAUUCCGAAGUGGGUCGCCUACUCAGAGCAAAGGGUUGUUGUCAUCGACCUGUCUGCAUUCCAUGAGGUUGUGUUUGCUGCCUACAUGCCUGUUGUGCUCGAGUCUCAUGUGCUUGAGCAAAUCGCAGAGCAGUAUCACCUCGAGCCGUGGGCCGUCUAUUUGGAUGACGAUCCUACUCGCCAAGAGGGCACUCUUCGGAUCCUUUCAGGAUCAGUUCUCAGAUUUAUACCACUUAGUGGCUUCCCUACCCUCGCUACCGAUGUUGAGAGUGUCUUGGCAUGCGAAGAUUUCCGACCAGGCGAUGUUGCUAUGUCCCUCCUUGGGGAGGGUCCCCCAUCGUGGCUCACACUGUGCGAGGACUCAAUGUCUGUUGUCCCAUACGCGCAGAGUGAAACCGACACCUUGAAGGAGGUUGUUCUCCGCCGGAUAGGUAAGCCACAGGAUGAGGUGAUUUUCGCUGAGCCUGCUGCCAGCGCCCUUGUCCCUUCCGUUUUCCAGGGGGGACGCGCAGUCCGUGGCAUUCUGGGGGCUGUCGUCUGCGACGAGGCUAGCAGUGGUGGCUCCGCUACCAAGGUACCUGUGUUUAUUGAUGCUCGAGCCUUGAGCCUCGGGCUGAUCGUUGCACAAGCGCCUGCGGCGCUGGCACCUUCCUUGACCAUGCUGACCCACGCCUGCCCACAGGUUUCGAGGACUGAAGAUGAUCCCUUUGCAGUACAGUUUGUCCGCAAAACUGUGCACUUCGCGAUCUUUGCGCCUUGCUGUAUCCCGGAAAUCGUCAGCAUCGAGGUUGAUUUUCCCGCUGGGGAAAGCGAAACAGGUGAGUUGCUCUCCCUUGCCAGGGGAAUCGAUGCUGACAUCCGCUUCGAGUUCAUUUUGCCGGCAUGCCCUCAGCCACAGGUCGGGCAUGGGUGCAUCCUUGCAUUGCCCUUAUGGGCAGCUGCCAAGACUAUUGUCUUGCUUGAUUCCAGACAGGUUGAUGGGCGGAUUUUCUCCCUCGUUCUCGAUCCAUGGAUGCAGUGGGGUUCCUUCCUUUUACAAUCCGGUCUUGGUGGUCGCGAGAGUAUCACUGUCCAUGUGCGCAACCGCCUUGCGCUGCCAGAACGCCCCUUGACUUUUGAGCAAGGGGACCUUGUUACGGUCCUCCCUUCCGACUCUCUGCUGCCGCGUCUCUUCGACCUACCCUUCAAGCUCAACUGUUCCGGUCUGUGGGAGACAGAGGCCCCCCAGCCUGUUGUUGACAGCAAGAAUACCUUUCUUAUGCUCACAGAUGGCCUGCCACGUCUUGCCCAGAUUGACCGGCGACAAAUCAGAGAACUAGAUGACUUCCGUGCCGCGGCCGCGCUCGCACUUUCUUGUUCUGUUGAUUCCUUGACAUGUAGGUUGAGCCGUCCCAAGAUUUCCGACUGCAUGUAUCUGGGAACACCUUGGGAGGCGGUCUUACUAGCUACGGAAUCCCUCCGACGCAUCCCUGUUCCCCCUGGACGGGUGCAUGCGCUGCAGGUUGUUGUCUUCUUCGAUCUGCGCGCGGUGCUGCAGGGGUUCUCUUGGUGCCUCCUUGAAGGUGGGAUUGCACCUUUGACGGAUUUAGAAAACCGUUUUCGUGACCGGCUCCCGGAUGACCAUCAGGUCUGCAUAAACGGGGGAGUGCAGGAAAUGCAAGGCGAGGUCACUUACCUGCGUUGUGACAGCUGCACCAUCUUGGCUGUCGAGUACAUCCCCAACACCGAAGCCGGGGAUGUGCAAGACCCGGAGUCUUCUGAGGAGUCCUCCGAUGACUCAUCAGAUAGCAACGAUGAGCCUCCUGCAACCGGCGUGCCGCGGAUUAACCCCGAUUACGGGGAAGAUCGCAGCCGCACGCCCCGCAACCGCGCGCCGCCCCAAAGGGGUCCGCGGAAACUUUACCUAGCGCACAGCGCCAGUCCCGCGGCUGCUCUCCUUUUGAGCCCCGGUGCAGCUGCCUUUUCUCUGCAUAGUGUUGGUGAAGUCGCGUUUUCCGCCCACAUUUCCUGCAUUGAUGCCCAGCAUACCACAGGCGACAUCUCUGCCGUUGCUGUGUGUAACUGCGGGGAUCCGGUCAAGGAUACUGCAGUUUGCUGUGCAGAGUUCCUCGCUGCCUCCUGGACCGGCCACAGCUGGGUCUGCCGCACUACUGCUUGCGGUCUUCGCAUCGCAGAGUGUCUUGUUAGCCAGCUAACUGCAGAGAGUGUCGUCACAUGGCGGUCUGGCUUGCAUGCCCCGCGGACCCACAAAUGGCUUGCGGAACCUGUACCUACCACCAGGUCCAUGCAGGAAUCCCUCGCUGCGCUCAGAUACUAUGCACCCUUGCUUGGACGGGGCUGGCGAUACACCCCGCAACAGCCCUUUCUGUCUUUGCGCGAUGCCAGUGACAGUGAAGACAGUAGCACCGAAGAAGGCGAGGUCAAUGUUCUCUUUGUUGUGCUCGUCCCGGGGUACCUUCCUGAAGUCGUUCAUGUGACAUUGAAUCUUCCAGCCACUGUCCCGGAAGUGCUCAGUGCGGUCAGCCAAGCAAGGGACCCAGCUCCCCGAGACCGCUUCCCACUGCUUGUCCCGGCUUCCCCACAGCCGCGGCUUGGUAGCGGGGCCGUCAUUGCUUUCGCAGAAUGGCAGAUGCAGGAGCACCUUAUUUGUAUAGACUCUUCGUGCCUUGAUGGCAGGGUCUUUGCAAUGUCUGCGCCCGCCUAUGUGACGCGCCAACAGGUGCUUGCUCUUGCCAACGUCAGUGAACGACUAGGCGUCUCAGUCUAUAUCGGGAUAGAUGACCUGCCUCUUGCCGAUGACGUGUAUAUUCACACUCGACCUGGGUUAACUGUCUUUAUAGUCCCGCCUGACGAAGGUCUGCCGGUUGCCUACCCCCUAGAGCAGGUUUUAGUCGCCCGGUUUCCGUGGAACGCUGAGCCACCCCUUCCCGCCCAGGAUGCGGGACAGGUCUACUGUCUGGUACAUGAAGAAUGUGUGAUGCUUUUCGUGAUGGACCCGCGCCAUCCGACAGCUUACCGGCGACAAAUCGCUGCAUGCGUUGGCGUCCCUGAGUCGCAUUUGCAACUUGUGCCAGCUUCUCGGCGUGUCGUCGACGCUACCUUAGAUGGCCUGCUUUGCCGCACUGUCAUUGCUGUUCAUGAGGAACGUCCAGGUGAUGCCAGACCGCCCUGCAUUGUCAUUAUCGAUGCACGCGCCCUGGCUGCUGGAUGGUGGUCCCUUCUAGCCCAGGGUGGGCAAGUGUCCCAUGGGGACCUGGUAGAUGCUGUCAGAGUUGCGCCCCCUGCAGGAUGGUCUCUGCGCAUCGCCGGCAUUGUCCCGGAUGGACAUUUUGCUGUGCAACCAGGACAGGUCUUCACCGUUGAGGUAUGCCGACUGCCUAUCGUUGACUUUGGGCGUGCCCAUAAUCAUGAGGCUGGCCUUGAGCCUACCGAGUCUGCCACAGAUGCCACGCAGCAUACUGCAGUCGUCCCGGAGGCCAACCACUCGGUAACUGCUUCUGGGGACGCUUCCCGGUCCAUUUCAGCUACACAAGUUGAUGGUCCAGCCAACCUGCCUGACUCUGUUGCGGUCUCUGGUGAUACCACAGUCGAUGUGAUGAGUACAAGUGCCUUCCUGGCAGGGACCUUCGUUAUUGUCCGCCCGGAAUACUGCCCUGAGCUUGUGUCCGCCCGCCUUCCUGUCGGUGUCAGUGUCGAUGAUGCCCUGGCUGCUAUCAAUUCGGCACGGGCGCCCUUUCACCGUCAGGUGUUUCCUAGGGUCUGCGCUGUGCACCCCCAGUCCAUUCAGGGUGUUGGUGUCAUUUUGGCAGUGCCUCUUUGGAUUCCGAGCGGAGCCAUCGUGAUUGUCGAUGCCACUCGUGUCACGGGCGCGCUGUUUGCUUCACACCUUCCCACUGUCGCCACGCAUGCUGAUGUCUUUCACAUUGCUGGUGUCCAGGGGAACACUGGCUGCGAGAUCUACCACCGCGACCUGCCGUGGCCAGUCCCACAGGGGCAACCUCUACGUUUGUCGCAUGGCGAUGCCAUUGUGCUUGUUCCAGCGGGACAUGUAGCCUUUGCCACUACCAGCCUCCAGGCUUUACUGCUUUCGGAGUCUAGGUGGUCAGAUGAUUGGGUACCUGACAUACCCUUUACGGACUUAGUUUGGGUGCUCUCCGAUUUUGAGGAUUUUGGGUUCAUUGUUGCAGCCGGUCGGCGUAUGCACUUCCGCAACGAUAUAGCAUCCCAGUUGGGAGUGACCCCACACUCGCUCAUUUUAAGGGCACCGGAUCCCAUGAUUGUCGAUCAUGCGGCCCUGUGUGCUUUCUUGACCUGCGGCCUAUGCUCUUGCGGCUUUCUUGGUGCCACCUAUCGGAAGAACGUUGUGAUCUUGACCUUUUUACCAGCCGAGGUUGACAGUCUAGACCCUGAGGAUGGGAUUUUGACAGUUCCCGUGCCACUGGGUCAGCGGGCACUUCAACCGGCGUUGAUGCAGGCACUGGUGGCGGCCGCCGCCGGUCCACGGGACUGUAGACUUAACACUCCCGCGGCACUGGCACUCUUAGCUCACGGCCGGCCGUUCCCCACACCUCUGCGCGGCAGGGAUGAGUCUCGGCCCCGGUCUCAUCCGCCGACAGAGGAACCUGUUUCAACCGAUGCAGUCGCUACGGUAGCUGCCUGCCGUUCUUCUGGCUUUGUUGAUCCCACACAGUUACACGAUGCAGCGAAGGUACCCGCGGUGCCCCCUUGCCUCUCCCUGUGCAAUUUGCUGCCUCUGUCCUCUUGGGACCCCGAUCCGGUUGAGCCCUCCUCGUGGGAGGCGACAUCCCUGCAGGCGCUCCAUCGUUUAGGUCGGAGGUGCCUCAAUGUUGGUGGAGUCCCGUGCCCGUUUUCGGCAUCGCAACUAUGGGACCUUCUCUGUCCCAAGGUGUCCCUGGUCACGCUCGAGGAUUUAUGCCAGCUUCUCCCUGCAGCGGAUGUCCGAUACCUUUCUACACUUGAUCCCAAUCCUGGUGCAAUCCCUGCACAGCAGGUCUGGUGCUACACUGAUGGGUCUUAUACGCCCCCGACGCAGCAACAGUCCGUUAAAAUGGGGUGGGCCUGUGUCUUUGUAGCCGGGGACCCUUUCUGUUUCAGCAUCGUUGCGGGCUGUGUGCCGCCAUGCUUCCUUGCGUCUGACGACGUCCCCUCUGCCUUCAUUGCUGAAUGCUGUGCUCUGACAGCUGCCCUCUGGAUGGGUACCACAGCCUAUCGUGGCUACUCCCUAGUUUAUAAGUCCGACUGUAAAGCUGCUCUCUUUGUGGUUGAAACUGGCCAGGGCAAUACUGAUGGCGCCGCUGCUGGAGCCUUGCGUUCCAUCCGCAUUUUCGUUGAAGCACUCGCCAAGUACCCCCCCGCUUUCGAGCAUACCCCGGGGCACACUGGCAAUUUCGGCAAUGAAUUAGCUGAUGCGGCCGCCCGGGCUGCGGCCCGAGGCGUUGAGAUUGGCUCUUUCCAUGGAUCUCAGGUGAUCCUGCCGCUUUCGAUUGGUGGUGUGCUGAUACCCGUCACUCCCCUCACACCUUUAGAGAUCUCACCUGCUGAGCAGGUUGCUCCCUUCCUUCCAGUCAACAGUGGCGACUCCCCUUCGGUUGCAACUGUCUCAGAUGCCUGGUUGGCCCUUAGUUUGGUCUCGUACAAUGUUCUUUCACUGAAUGGCGAAGCCUUUGCCGAUGGGACUGGACAAGGUAUUGCGUAUGCGGCAGGCCGACCGGCCAUGUUGGCAUCCACUCUUCGGGAACACGAUGUCGGAGUCGCCUUCCUACAGGAGGCUCGGACCCAGGAGGGCUUCCUCAACACUGCGGAGUUUCUUCGCUUUUGUUCCGGCACUGAGCGUGGGCACCUAGGUGUUGAAAUUUGGCUCCGUCGAGAUCUCCCGAUUGUCACCCGGGGGCGGGAGCAGCUUGUGUCGUUGAGCAAAGACGCCUGCUCAGUGCUCCUUAGCGACCCGCGGAGGCUUGUCGUUCAUUUCCAACAAGGCAAGCUGCGCCUGCAUUUCGUAUGUCUCCAUGCCCCCCAUAGGGGACACCCUGACGAAGUGAUCUCUACAUGGUGGCAUGACACCUUUCGGCGAUGUACCACUCUUGCUAGGAUUGCACCCUUGGUUCUAGGUGGUGACCUUAAUGCUUGUGUUGGGAGUAUCACCGAUGCUGCGAUCAGCGAUGCAUUUGCGGAGCCUCAAGACCUGGCAGGGUCCUUCGUCCAAGACUUUGCAGCCUCAUGCCAAUUGUGGUUCCCGGCCACCUGGGAGGCUUCGCAGCAGGGCCCUGGCUGGACCUUUUUCCAGAAACGCAACGCUGCAGCCACCAGGCCGGACUUUGUUGCUCUCCCUCAAGUGUGGCGUGAUGCCAAGGUGGAAGCUUGGGUAGAACCGAGUAUUCAUGCCGGUCAAGCCUGCCUCGACCAUCUUGCCACUGUUCUCAAGAUUGGGGCGACACUUUCCGGCUUUGCUGCCCCGUCGCGCGUUAGGAAGCCCCGCAUUGAUGCGGCUGCUUUGCGGGCCCCAGCCAACCGUGAUCGCCUUAAAGGCGUCCUCAGCAGUCUCCCUACCAUUCCCUGGCAGGUUUCUGCUGAUACACAUGCUGCAGUUCUUGUCAAACACCUCCAUGAGGCUCUGGCUGCUGAGUUCCCUGUGCCCAAGGCUGCCCCUAGGAGCAGCUACCUCUCUGCCGAGACCUGGCAGUUGCAUAGGCAUGUGGCCGUCCUUCGGCACAGGUGUGCCCGUCUCAGAGUAGCAGUCCGCAGGCAUACCCUUGCCGCCUUCCUUGCCAUUUGGCGGGGAUCCUCCUCUGGUCUUCCCUCAGACUUCUUGUGGGCCAGGCAGGCCGCUGCUGUCGGGACGGACUGUGGUGAGCAACUCCGGGCUGCCUCUAUGCUGCUUCGGCAAAGAUGCAAAGAAGACCGAACUGCUUAUCUUGCGACUUUGGCUGACGCUGUUCAGGCCAAUCAGGCCGACGGUGCCGCUGCACUGCAGCAAUUGCUUAAGCAGAAACGCAAGAAGCCGUUCACGCCGGAGGUGUUACCUCGUCUUCGUAAAGCCGACGGCACCUUAUGCCAGUCUGGGAUCGAAAUCACUGACCGUUGGCGCCAGCACUUUGGGGAUAUGGAAGCAGGGUGUAGGUGCCAACCAGGUGAUCUUGCUGGUGCUGAGUCGGUUGGAAAUUGGCCAUUGCCCCCGUCGCUAUUGGACAUACCAGCACCAGGGGAGCUGCUCAGGGCUCUUGCUGCCUCUAAGGCAGGAAAGGCCCCUGGACCAGACAUGGUGCCGGGAGAAGCCCUGUCUGGUGCGCCGCCUGCAUUGGUCCUCCACCUGCUCCCCCUUCUCCUGAAGUUCUGUAUCCGUGGCACUGAAGCCAUUGGACUCCAGGGGUCCACUCUUUGUACGCUUUACAAGCAACGUGGACCGCGGGAUGACUGCAGUUCUUACCGUGCGAUCAUGCUUCUACCUGCCAUCGCUAAGGCUUUGCAUCGCUCGUUGAGGCCCCGCUUGUACCGACACAUCGAUGCUUGCGCUCCUUCUACGCUCCUCGGCGGCCGCCGAGGUGCGACGGUAGUUUUUGGAGGGCAUCUUGUGCGGAGCUUUUGCCGAUGGCAAAAUCGGAUCAAAGGGUCCUUUGCGGUAAUCUUCGCGGACGUAGCUUCCGCGUACUAUAGUUCUCUAAGGGAGUUAACAGCCCGGCAUCCCUGUGCCAAGGGUGAUCCGCGGAACCUUGACUUUCUGCCCGACCAUGAAGGCCUCCUGCAACAGCUCGACAAGCCGAGUGUCUUGCGGCAGGGCGGUGCUAGCGACUGGCUUGAGGCGGUCGUCGCUGAAAUGCAUAGGAGAACUUGGUUCACCAUUGCUGGUGAUGGGCACCCAGUCCAGACUCGUCGCGGAUCCAGGCCCGGAUCCACGUUUGCCGACCUGAUGUUCGGAGCUGGGGUGUCGGCCAUCCUUGGCCUGAAGAACACCCUACGUGCUGCUACGCCCGGAGCUGCUGCGAAACCCAGUAUUCCGUGGGAUGGGCGACGCGAUUUUAGCCAUGCUUCCGCCCCUGUCACUUCUGUGCCUUUGGAUGAUAUUGUCUGGGCUGACGAUGUGGCCGAAUGUGUUGUGUUAAACGAUGCAGCCUCUGCAGCUGUCUGUGUCGCCACUAGCACUUCCAACUUUGCCGAGGCAUUCGCGAGCUUCGGGUACUCGCUGACUUUCGGUGCCACCAAAACCGCUGCGAUGAUCAAACUUACUGGGCCUGGUUCCCGACAAGCGAGAUCAUCGCUGUAUGGUCGACAGGCCUCCCUUCCUGUCCUUCUGGAGAACUUGCCGCCUGCUGAAUUGCCGGUCGUCACUUCCUACAAACACUUAGGCAUGAUGCAAUCGCCCACCAGCUCCCUUUUGGUUGAGAUCAAGUUUCGUUGCGGGAGCGCCUGGCAAGCUUUCAGGCAAGGCCGGAAGGCUGUCUACCGUAACAAGAAGCUGUCUCUUGCACGUAGAGGGACACUACUUGGGUCUGCAGUGCUCACCCGCCUCUUCUUUGGGGCGGGCUCUUGGCCCCUUCUGCGCAGUGGCGAAGAGCAAACACUGUCCGGUACACUAAUGAGUAUCCUGAGACAGACUCUGUGUGUGCCUCAUGAGGAUGACCAGCACGUUUGCCGUGCGGAAACAUGUGCCUUGCUGGGUGUUGCCGAUCCCAUCACCUCCCUCCGAGUUGAGCGGUUAAGGUAUGCCCGACAGCUCGUCGCUGCCGCCCCGGAUGCGUUAUGGGCCUUGACCCGUCUCGAUGCCGGUCUCCUGGAGGCGUAUCGAGACGCCUUUUCAUGGCUCUACUGUUUGGUUAGGGCCACUGUCCCUUUGCCAGAUCCCCUGUCUGACUGGGCCCCCUGGCAACGGGUCAUGACUGAGCGGCCGGGACGUUUCCGGGGCUGGGUCAAACGUGCCAAACGCCUUGCGGUGUUGAGAUUAACCUGCGGAGCCGCCCUUUUUGCCCUUGCCAGGUGUGUUCGAGAGGCAGGUUCUGGCCGUGACCCCACCAAUACUGGCAAUGACGAGAAACCUUUCACCGAGGCUUGCAUACCCUGCAGGAUGGCUUUUGGUUGGGGCAACUUCCAGGCCCAUCCUUCUGCUGAUGAUGUUGCCCCGCACCCUGCUGCGCCGCCGCUCCAGCUUGGGGGGCAUGUUGCUCUUGCUGAAGGCGUGUCAAGAAGCCCGGAGAUCCACCCAGGUCUCUUGUCGGCAUUGCUCGAUAUUGCCGAGCCGGACGAGACCUUGGUCUGGGACACUGUUGCUGACUUCAUUGCCCCUUUGGCACAUCUCCGUGCUACGGUUGGUGCCUGGGCUGCCCACGACUCAGCACACCCUGAUGCCCCCGAUCUGGCUUCCAAUGUCGUUCUUCUUCUGGAUCCUGACCUUUGCUGUGACACUUUUCGGCAUCGUCCCAAGGUUCCAAAGGGCUUGGAUUUUCUGCCCGCCCUCGCCGCUCCCUUGGGCCUCUCGUUUUCCUUUGUCCUUACCGGCUCACCUUUUGUGAUGCGACUCGAUCCGCCUCCAUUGCCUGAAUUCCGAUACCCUUUUCGCUGCAGUGUCCCCUUGACCGUGGCCGAGCGGCAUGCACGGUGGUUUGAAGCUGCUUGUGACUCUGUAGGGCUUUUGGUACAGCAGGCUAAGGUCGCGCCAGUCAAGUUAGGAGCCUGCUCGGCGGCUUUGGCCUGCCUUGAGCCCGUCACGACUUGGCUGGUACAGGGUGGCUUUGAGCGUUGUCAAGAUGGCAUGUGCUCUCCCACCAGCUGA